UUGCUGCACACGGGGAGUCACGUACAGUUGGCGACACAUACGACACAUCUAGAGGCGAUUUAACACGUCUAAACCCACCGUAAAUGGGUUCAUCAUUACACCAGCUGUCUCUGUUGUCGCGUAUGUUAUCGUGGAUGGAUUACUUUACCCGCAUCGAACCGAGAAGCCUCACAACGUCCCGUCAACAGCGGCCAUAGCUCGGUCACUGACGCUGGAGCUUCAUGCCGGUGGCUAUCGUUCGUGGAAAAUUACCAGUGAUGUUCCUCCGCCCUGAAAUUACGUCUAUUUACUAACAGAGUACGGUAACCUGCCUCUGCCAUGGCAGUCUUUAGUAACCAGGUGCUACUUGCAGUCACCAGAUCAAGGGGAUCAUAUUUGUUGUCCAAGAGGCACAGCUGCUCCUCUCUGUCUUCCAAAGCUUAUCUUCACAUAGACCCUCCCCGCCACGUCUCCUCAUUAUUGCCACUCAGGCACACUCGCCACGGCUACCCCAACUGUUACAGACGUCACGACCUCAGCCGGGGACAGAACUCCGCCCUGCUCGCCCGCGCGCUGCACAGCUCAGGUUUUUGGCUCCAGGACAUAAAACAGGAGGACACCAAGACCUCAUCUGCUGCAGCCCAGGAUGCUUCUCCAGGAGCAAAAACGGACUCUGUGGCAGCUUCAGCGCAGCCCCAACCUCCUUCAGCUACCACUCCAGCCUCCUCCGCUGCCGCCUCCACAGCUGCUGCCGUCCCUCCGGUGCAGGAGAGGGCAGUCAUUAAAAAGGCUCUGCAUCAGAGGAUCUUAGAUGAGUUGAAGCAUUACUACAACGGCUUCCGGUUACUCGGAAUCGACAUCAAGAUUGCAGGCAGGAUGGUGUGGAGGUUGCUGCACGGACAGCUGCUCACACGCAGGGAGAGGAGGAGGCUGAUGAGGACCUGCGCUGACCUUUUCCGUCUGUUGCCCUUCAUGGUGUUCAUCAUCGUUCCUUUCAUGGAGUUCCUCCUCCCCGUGUUCCUCAAGCUGUUCCCAGAGAUGCUGCCCUCCACCUUCGAGACAGAGACCAAAAAGGAGGAGAAGCAGAAGAAAGGUCUCGCUGCUAAACUGGAACUGGCCAAGUUUCUGCAGGAGACGAUCGCUGAGAUGGCUCGCAGAAAUAAAGCGAAGGCUCAGACAGAAGAUGAGACGCAGCGCUUCUCUACAUACGUUCAGAAGGUUCGGGGUACAGGCGAGCAGCCCACUACGAAGGAUAUCGUUCGGUUUUCGAAGCUGUUUGAGGAUGAGCUGACGCUGGAGCACCUGGAGCGGCCUCAGCUGGUGGCUCUGUGUAAGCUCUUGGAGCUGCAGCCCAUUGGCACCAACAACUUGCUGCGUUUCCAGCUGAUGAUGCAACUCAGGACCAUCAAGGCGGACGAUGAGAUGAUUGCAGCAGAGGGUGUGGUGGCCAUGAGUGUGUCCGAGCUGCAGGCGGCGUGUCGUAGUCGGGGGAUGAGGUCUCUGGGUCUCACCACCGAUCAGCUACGACAGCAAAUGCAGCAGUGGCUGGACCUGCACCUGAAGGAAAACGUUCCUCCAUCACUGCUGCUGCUCUCCAGAGCCAUGUAUUUGACUGACAUCAAACCAAAAGCCCCCGUCAUCCCCCCCGUUCCUAAACUAGAGAAAGCUCCUCCCACUCCAGUGGAGAAUACAGGGGCAAACACGACCUCAGUCAGCUCUGACAUGCUGGCGGACCCUGCUCGUAUCAUCAAAGACAGACCGGUGGAGGAGAUAAGAGACAAGGCUCCUGUUGUGUCAGACAAACCUCUGACUCCUGCCGAAGUCCUUCAGGCUAAAGCGGCCACAGAGGUGUCCCAGCAGAGCAAAAUGAGUGCCAACGGUGUGUAAAGAUGAGCAGGAGCUUCUGGACUGAAGAGGAGAUGGAUUCACAAAGUCUGGUGUUCCAGGGGUCAGAUGAUGGUCUGCAUUUCAGCAGCCUCCGAUUAUUUUAACGCUCCCCUCUUUCCGUCUUCAGAAGCAGAGGGAGAGGAAGUCCCCGGCUCCUCUCAGCAAUGUUUGUAACAACAGCUGAUAGAUCUGGUCCGGGAGUCGCCUUCCCUCACGGUCCCUCUUUGUUAACACCCAGAAGAGUUCUCCUGCCGUUCAGUCCUCCCCCGAACCCCUCGGCUUUUACAUGUGUGCACUCCGUUCUCGUUAACUCUGCUCGCACUGGACAAAUUAGCUUGAAGUCUCGCUGGACUGGCAGACCGCUGAUGGAUGCUGUUGAUCUUACGUCCUGGAAGCAACACCUGAACCUCCGAGUGAACAUCGUGGUCUUGUUUGAUGUUGUCUCCUUACAGUCUAGAGGGUCUCCUCCUCCUCUUCCUCCUCCUGUAAAUUUGUAAAUAUCCUGUAUAUUUUCGUUUCUGUCUUGCACCGCAGCAGCAGCUUUGUACAGUUUGCUAUGCAAAGGUCUAAUGUAUCUUGGAGAUUUUCAAGUUUCUCUCUGUUAGCAGUUUUAAACUUCUAACUCCUGUUCAGUACAGAUGUGAGAGAUCCGUUUUCCAGAAAAUGCUUUGCUGAAUUUUAGUUCGGUAGCCGCUAGUUCCACCUCCUUCGUCUUCGCUCAGUGAGCCGGACCACGCUGACAACUAACAACAGCAGCACUCUCUGAACCUCUUUAAGCUGCGGGUUCAGACAGCUGGAGGACUGAUCCUGCCUCUGAACAGGGUUACAUUGUGUAGGUGCUCGCUGCUGUAAUUUAGCAAAAGGAAGACUGGUAUAUAAUUGAGAGAGAGAGGUCACUCCUUUAAACCCACAUGAGACUGGUAACAUACAGUCCACUGGUAAACCACUGAAUGGACAAUCUGUAACAUUUUAUUUGAAUAUACAGUGUAUGUAUUGUGUUUUAAACACUGACGCUAUGACUUCUUUAAGCUAAAAAGAAAAUAAUUGAUGUUAUCCAUAAAGAUGUAUUAUUAAUAUGAGAGGAACGUAAAUCCUGAAGCCACAGAUGAGAUUAACGUAUUAUUUUUAAUGUGGCACUAAAAGAGGUAAAUGUAUUUGCAUUAAGACUGAUUCGCCCAGCUAUCCAAUUCAUUAAACACCAAAAAAAAAUAAAGGACCCUUAAAGUUAUUAUUGGAAAGUUUAGCACAUAAGUGUGUACUGUAUAAAUACAGCUCUUGUGUGCGUUUUACAAUGAUUUAAAACGCACAUAAGAUUUUCCAUCCCCCACCUUUGUACAUUUGACAUUUUUUGGAGUAACUGGUUUCAUUGCUGCUGUGGAUGAAAGCUUUUUGUCUCCAAACCAUUUUUCUCCUCAUUACUAUUUAUCUGUAGGCACCCUACCAGAAGAGUGGAUACCAUAAAAUAAAAUUUAAAAGGAUAUUUUUUAAAAAGCAAAAAUUGCGAAUGAAGAUUUAUAUUAUCGUUUUUUUCAUAUGUGCCUAAAGUUAAAGGGCGAUUGGGUUCGUGUUUACGUUUACACUGGAAGACAUAGAUUUUUCUGUAUUGUACAACGUCAGCUUGUACUCGAGUUUGAUGAUUCACCUCAGUGUUUUAAAGCGCCCAGUUGCACCUUUUCUCGUUAGUUGAAUGUCCCCCCCCUUCUUCAAUCAGAGCGUCAAUCCAAAUAAAUCCUAAAUAGUACUCUAUUAAAACUGAUCUUUUCAGUCACGUUUGAACUGGUUAUAAGAAAGUGA